UGACCGUUAAACAUUACACAUGACCAUAACCUAAGUAAGAACAACAAAAAAUGUAAUAAAGUGAAAUAAAAUUCUACGUUUUUAGUACACUAAUAUUAAUAUAUCAACGAAAAAUGGCUGAUACUGAUAAUUAUUCUGUAUAUAAUAAUGAUCCUCGGAUACCUUGCAAGUAUGGAGCUAAAUGUUACCAAAAAAAUUCAGCUCACCAUGAAAAAUACAAGCACCCCAACAAAAGGCUUCAUACCACGAAAUUAACCAGAUUAACGAACAAAAAACAAAAAACUCAGGAACUCAGUAAGAAAGCUGAGAAGACUCCAAGAAAUGAUAUUUCUGAUUCUGAAGAUGAAAAACAAACUGAGGAACAAUUUCUUCGUAAUGAAUUAAAUCAAAAUGAUGAAAAUAACCAACUGAGUAAGAAGAAAGUUCAAUUUAUACAAGAAAAUUCAAAAAAGACCCCAAAAACCUUAGAUAAGCAGAAAGCACAUCAGGACACCAGUAUUCAACAGAUCUCCUGCAAUGACAUUUCUGACUCUGAAGAUGAAAACCAAAUUGAAGAUCAGCCUGUCUCUAAUACAUCAAUUGAAAAAGAUGAAGAUAAGCAAUUAGAUGAGAAGGAAGUUCAAGCUUCACAAGGAAAUUUUAAAAGAACUCCAAAAACCUUUGAUAAGGGAGAAUUUAUUAAAUCAAAAUUUCUUGUUGAAAUGCCUGCUGAUUUUUACCAGUUUUGGGAGUAUUGUAAGGAUUUAAACAAUGAUGAUCCAUCUGAUGCCCUCAAAGAUAUGAGUUUAAAAUUAGUUGGUCCCUAUGAUGUUCUAGCUGGAAAGUUUUCUGAUAUUAUAGAACCAUCUUCAGAACAGUAUUUGUUGCACUGGAGAUAUUAUUAUGAUAUUCCAGAGUUUCAAACAGUAAUAAAAGGAGAUGACUCCUCAGGUUUUCAUAUUGGUUACUUUAGGGAUACUCCAAAUGAUAAUUUAAUAAUAACAUAA